AUGCUUUCAUCGCGAGGACUCGACAAUGUCCAGCAGCUGGGAUUGCCUUGGCGGUUCUCUCCCACGCCAACUUAUGACCCAGAAUCCAACCCAACGGGCCUCAUCUCCUUUGCCCUGGCCGAGAAUCGGCCAAUGCGAGAGGAGAUAGUCAAGUAUAUCAAUCAAAAGGUUGAGUUUACUUUGGACUCCGUCAGCUACAGGUCCAGCGCAAAGACAACUGGUCGGCUACCAGCUGCGGCUGCAGCGCAUAUGAGUCGGAUCAUGAAGACUUAUACGCCAAUUGAGCCAGAGCAUGUCAUUACUGCGGACUGCCCGACUUCCCUGGGCAGUAUGCUCGGAUACAACCUUGCGGAGCGCGGCGAGGGUAUUCUUGUCAAUCGGCCUGUUUAUGGGCGUUUCGAGCUAGACUAUGGCGUGGAGGCGGGUGUUCAGAUCGUGUACGCGGAUACUGCGACAGAAGAGGCUUUCACACCCAGUGCAGUCGACAAGUACGAGCAAGCUUUGACGGCAGCGGAGGAGCGAGGCGUGAAGAUUCGCGCAGUGCUUCUUGUGAACCCGCACAACCCUGUUGGGCGCUGCUACCCCGAAGAAACGUUACGGGAAAUUGCCCGGUUCUGCAAUGAACACAAGCUCCAUCUCAUCAGCGAUGAGGUCUAUGCUUCGACUGUCUUUGAAACAGACGACCCUACGGCAGUGCCCUUUACGUCACUCCUCGCACUCGAUUUGAGAGGGCUGAUAGAUCUCGAUCUUGUACAUGUUCUCUAUGGAUUUAGCAAGGAUUUCGCCUCCGGUGGCCUGCAUCUUGGCUUCCUGAUAAGCCAGAACGAACACCUUCGCCAAGCCUGCAAGAUGGUUAUGAGACUGCACAGCCCCUCCCAAGUAGCUGUCACAAUCGGCACGGCCAUCCUUGAAGACCAAGUCUUUGUCUCUAGCUUCAUCAAGAAGACGAGGGAGAGGCUGGCCGCAGGAUAUCGGCUCGUCACUUCCAAGCUGGACCAGGAAGGUAUCACUUACAUCAAGGGCGGAAAUGCCGGCUUUUUUGUUUAUAUCGAUCUCUCUCCAUUCCUCCCGGAUGAUGGCGUCUCUGUUCGAGAGCGCGAGUUUGCCCUUGCACAAAAACUCGUUGAUGCGGGUGUUUUCCUCCAUCCCGGCGAGGAGCAUUCGAAGGACGCGGGCUGGUUCCGACUGGUGUUUUCUCAUGAUGAAAACACGCUGGAGGAAGGGCUUAGAAGAUUGUUGAGUGUGCUGAAGCCUACUGGCAAUUAUGUGUUAGCUUGA